AGUGAACAACAUAUCUUAUCAUCUCAGCAAAGUAUAAGCUGUGUUUUGCUAUGUAUUAUGCUUAAAUAUGUAAGAAACAUGUAGUAUUGUAUUGAAGCAUUCAUAAACUCAAAACUGUCUUCUCUCCCAUUUUUUCUACUCUAUUUUUCUGGUUUUAUUCUAUUUGAUGGUUUAUGCAAACAAUUGGCUGGUCACAUGGCAUGAUGUCAUCAUGAUGUAAUGCAAUGAUCAAUUUCCUGGUUUAUGCAAACAAUGGGUUGUUUGCUGGUUUAUGCAAACAGUGAGUUUGACAUCAGAUAAAUGAAACCUAAAUACACAUUAGGAGCUGCUGCCUCUCUUCUUCAUAUUUGGGGAAUUUGACAGAAAAAAAAUACAGAACAUGGAAAGUGAAAAAACGAGAGAGAGAGAGAGAGAGGGAGAGAGAGAGAGAGAAAGAGAGAGAGAUUGGCAGAGGAGGGAGUUGCUAGCAGUGGUGCUCCGGCCGGAGAUGGCGGUGGCGGAAAUCUCUCCUUUUCCUCUUCAAUCCAACUUCUUCAAUCACCGUUCGCCAUUAUCGACGGUCCUAAAAGCUCCGCCGCCGGCAAUCCAGAUGAGAUCGUGAAACUGCUUCCAUUUUUGUUCGGACAACUUUCUGCUUCUUUGGUUCCUGCAGAUUCAAGCAAAUCGCUUCCUCAUCGGAAGUUGAAGAUUGGCGUUGUUCUUUCCGGUGAUCAAGCUCCUGGAGGUCACAAUGUCAUAUCUGGAAUUUACGGUAAUGUGCAAUAAUGUUGAAUUUUCAAUUUUAUACCAAAUCAAUCAAAUAAUUAUUCCUUAAAUUAAUUGUAGUCCAUACACUUUGAUGCUCAUCUCAUGGGGCUGUGCAACUACACUUUAGGGAAUGAAGAGUUAGAAAGGAAAAUAAGAGUGAGAAUUUUGGUUGCCAGGGGUGAACCUAUAUCAUAUUGAACAUAUAUCAUAUUGUAUAAUUUUCCUUAUGUUACCUCUUUACUUCUUAUGCAACACUUAGAUCACUUAGAUGCAUGUAGAUCCUUUUAAUUUUGUUGUCCUUGGUGACAUCAUUUUUCUGGAUAUACUUAUAAUUUGUUUAACUUUGCUAUGCAUUCCAAGUGGUUUAUGUUGAUGUAAAAGGGAAAGCUACAAAUUCUAGCUUAAGAGGGAGAACAAGUAUGACAGUUGGUGCUUCUAUGGUAUACCAGCCUGAGCUAAAGAAGGAUAAAAGAAAAGGAAAACCACCUGCUCAUCCCAAAGUAUGCUUUUGUUACCUUGCAUUUUACUACUUAUCAAUAAUUUGUGUUCUGCAUAUGUUUCUCCAAUUAAUAAUCCCUUUUCUAGGUUUCAUUUAUUAUAACUUCCUUUUAAUCUAUUAGAAUUUCUUUGUAAGGUUUCUCCUCUUAUGUGUUAUGCUUGAGAUAUUUGGUUCUACAAAUCUAUGUUCAUUCCGGUUUCUGUCAUGUCUGCAAUGGGAGAAGAACAAAUAUGUCCUGAAGGACAUUGGUCCUAUAAAUUAAAAUGGUGCUCUGGCAGUGGCUAUGGGUGAUGAUAGCAUUUAUUUUGUUCUUAAUGUGCUUACAGGUAGUAAUUUGUCAUAUGCAUGUGUGCACAAUAACCUUGACAAGACGGAACUGCCUUGAGCUUGAAACUCAUGAAGCUUGAGCUUGAAACUCAUGCAGAGGAUGAAUUUGUUAUAAGUGGCUCUUAUAUCUUAAUGUUUUUGUUGAGUUUAAAAAAAAAAUUAUGUCUUAGUUAUACAUUCAACAAUUGCAAUGAUGAAUUUUUUCCAAGGACGUGGCAUUUCCUUUGCCCUUGAACUACAAUAAAAAAUGUUACAAAUGAACUUUUUGGAAGAUAGAUGUCUAAUUUGUCUCUUUUAGAUUCAAUUGUUAUAUUAUAUUCACUAAGGUAUGUUGUACGAAAAAUGCCUGGUAGUAUAUUAUAUCAUUUUCAAGUUUAAUGGUUGUUGUCACAUUACAUACAAGACCUAUUUGUUAGUUGCUGAAAACUGGCUGUAUAAGCAAUUUGAGCCUACUGAUUAUGAUGUGAUCAGUCCAGUUUUAGAUGAACCAUAAACAUUUUUUGUUUUCAUAAAUUUAUCUUUUGAAAAUUUCCUCCCUUGCUCAAUUCUGCUAUGACCGUAUACUUGCCUGAAGAAAAUGAAAAACACUUACUUUAUAGUCCUCUUUGGUCUAUCCUUCAUGGUUGCUUGCUUAUCCAUUAUUGUUGUGAUAUGGCAGUGUAUUGUGGAGUGACUUAUUACACUCCUUAUCAUUCUCCUAUGUAUGAUGGAUUUUUAGUUUUCAUUGUUUCAAAACUCUCAUUGUGCAAAUUGAUACUUCUAAAAAAUUCUUUCACUUAGGGAGGAAAGUUGGAUAAUAUUCAUGUGUAACCAACCUACUUUGAAAAGUAUUAUGAUGCUUAGAGAAACUUCCAGAGAAAGUAUAUGUGAAGUUUAUAAGUUUUGGUGUUAUAUAUUUUGCAUUCCAAAUUUUGUAUAAUUUACUUUUGCUUUAAUUUUUCAUGCAAUCGUUGUCUUCUUUCUGAUCACUCGGCUUCUUAUGCUUUCAAUGAGUCUUCAAAUUUUCAUGCAAUCAUUGUCAUUUUUUGUAAGUGGUGAAAACUCGCGACCACAAUCUUUUUGAUGCGAAGAGGUUAAUAUUUUGCGAUUUUAUUUCUGUUAAUUUAGAUUUAACAAGAAAGUAUGUGCUACACAACUGAUAUUCUUUAAAUCUAAUAUUUGUUUCUGUUUUGUUUUUGCUUGGACCUAAUUUUUUAUUUUUUGAUAGUCCAUUAUCGAAUGUAAAAUAGCCACCUUGGUACCUAAUCCUUUGCUUUACUUUUGUUGUAAAUACCUUUUAGAGAGGAUGAGAGAGUAUUGAUAUUUCUUAUGUGGUGUAGUGUAUUGUUUCUUAUAGUUUUGAAAGUUGCAAUGCAUAUCCUGACUCAAGUUACUUUUUUUGUUAUUGUAAGGUUUGAUAUGAUCUUCCUUAAUCCCCAUGCUUCUUAUAACAAGAAGUGUGACUAUUGGUAAAGAAUAUCUUUGUUUUCACUCAAUUAGUUUUUUUUUUUGUCAGUUCAAUUGAAAUAAUAGAUUGACAACUUUGCUAUCAAAAUUAUUGAUUCCAAUUUCCUUUCUAUUAUUCCUCUUUCAAAUUUUAAAAGACCGGUCACAAGUUAUGUAAUUGUUGGGGUAAGGGGGGGGUUGGUUGAUCGGUUUUGUUUAGUUUGGCUUUCGAAGGUUCACAUUGCAAUAGGUUUGAGAUUAUGAUUCUUUGUUAUUUUUUCAAAAACAAUUGUUGUGUCCUUAUUCUUGCUUUAAACUUUUUUUAUUGUAUAGAUAUGAACCAUCGCUACGACAAGAUUAAUUCUGAUAUUCGUCCUUACUCCAUGAUGACAAGAACAGGGUAUAUGGAGUACAAUCCCAUGAAGAAUCGAGGAAAACUACCGGAAAUAUAUGCAAGCGUCAUUGGUCAGUACAUUGGUGAUACAGUUCUUUUACAGGACAUUAACGAAAAUCAAAUCCAAGUAGCUGUAUUCAAAAAGAACAAUUCACAGAUUUAUUUCACUCAUGGCUGGUCUCGAUUGAAAGAUUUCUAUAACAUCAAUGCCGGCGCUUGGAUUACUCUUUUGUUCAUCAGUCCUUUUGUCUUCUUUAUUCGGGUACCAUACAUUACUGGUGUGGAAAUCACCUAUCCUCAUAGGACUCCCCCAUAUAAACUUGUGUUGGAAAAACCUUUCCUAGAAGCAACUUCAAAUGGACCUAUUCCCUACUUUGUCCUUCCAAAAGUUUUUACCCACAGUCUUGAAAAAACCCUCACUGCUCCUGAUGUUGAGACUGGGACUUUGACAAUCUAUUGGAGAGGUUUCUGUCAAAAUGCACUCCCUAAUGAAGAGACUAAACUCAGAUUAAUUGACUGGCUUGGUAACACCUGGAUCACUGUGAUUUGAAGUUUGACAAUGGCCCUUAUAUCAGCUGCAAAAUUUCAGGACAAUGAGGAGAUGUUUGCAAGGUACAUAAACUGUCCGAGGGUGUAGUUGUUAAAUUCGGUGUUACUAAGUCAUCUAACAAUAGGACUAUCUACUUUAAGCUAUCCCCUUUCAUUGUUGCUAAAACUACCCUGCAUGCUCCGUCAACAUCCAGCAAUCGGAAGAAAUUCUACCAAAGUCAGUACUAUUAUAUGCUCUAGAUCUCUCUCUAGCUAUCCUUCAACUCUAACUCCUCUAUCUGUUUUGUAACUUAUGCUAUAAUGUACCAAACAAUAUUUAAUUUCCAUCCUUUUUGCCAUUAGUGGAUCUCAAUAUCAAGGUCAUACUCUUUUAAGGACCAUUUUGGUGAUGAAUGUAAGGACAUGUACCAUAAUUACUACUAUUUAACUUUUAAUCCCUAAUGCUUUUUGUUUGUUCAA